CUUGCGCAGCCGUCAGCGAUGCCGCCGCCGGCCCUGGCGGCGGCAGCGGCGGCAGUGCCAGUGCCAGCUGAAGUGCUGCUGGUGCUGUUGAGGGUCAACAUUGAUGCGCUCACUUCCUGAUGGGGGUCGUGGCGGGUGUCAUAUGACCCGAGGUCAAUCGUCUGCAUGGCCACUGUGCCUACAUCUCCCAUCAUGCCUCUGAGGUGUCGGCGGCGAUGACCGCCUCUGUGCCCUGUGCCCCAUCCCAAGGAGCCAACCCACAUCUGGCAGAAACAGCUGCGCCAGCGGAAGCGCAUUGUCCGGAUGCAGCAUAUCAGGGCAGCAGAGGUGGCUGUGUGUGCGCGUCUGUGCGGGAAACGAUAGCCAAGAGAGGGCAACUAUGCUCCCUGACGAGGACCGUGACGAUCUUUGCGCGGCCAUAGCCAUGCUGAUCUUGCUUCUGUCGGAGUAUCAGCGCCUCCGUGCACAGGUGGCUGCCAGGCGGCGGCAGUUGCGGGAAUAACUGGGGAGGUGGCUACUCCGCCGCAGCAAGCUGCGGGCCGCCCUCUGCCGAACGAGGCUAGCCAUGCUGGCCGCGUAUGGCGACUACGUCCGCGAGACACGCCGCCGCUUCUGGGUCCGGCCGAGGAGCAAGGACUGGUGGGAGAACUUUGUCCUGAAGGAGUGGGACGAUGAGCAAUGGCUGAGCCAUUUCCGCAUGAGCAGGGGCACCUUUUUUGAAAUCGUGGAGGAGUUGCGGCCGCAUCUGGACAGGAGGUUGACUGUCAUGCGUAGACCUAUCCCAGUGGAGAAACGCCUAGCCAUCACCCUAUGGAGGCUGGCUACCCCUUGCGUCUACAGGACCACAGCAGAGCAGUUCGGGGUAGGCUGCUCUACGGCGGCACAAAUAGUCCUGGAGGUGUGCUUUGCCAUGGAAGUGACCCUCCUAUCUCGUACAGUCAAGAUUGGGAACGUGGCAGAGAUCAUGCAUGGUUUUGGGGAGCUGGGGUUCCCUCAUUGUGUGGGCGCGGUGGAUGGCAGCCAUAUUCCUCUCCAAGCUCCGAUACACCAAGCCUCAGAAUACAUAAACAGGAAGGAUGAGUACUCCAUGAUUCUGCAGGGGACCUGCGACCACAAGGGGCGGUUCAUCAAUGUGGAAAUAGGAUGGAGCGGCAAGAACCAUGAUGCCUAUGUCUUUGCCAACUCAGGCCUCUGUGAGACGAUGGAUGCAGGUGUCUUCGUGCCUACCCAUCCAACAAUCAGAUUGCACGGCCAGCAGAUUCCACCCCUCAUUAUUGCGGAUGGCGCGUACCCUUUGCGUGAGUGGUUGAUGAAACCCUAUGGUGGGGCACUCACUCCACAGCAAGCCCACUUCAACCGCUGUCUUAGGCGAGCACGCCUUGUGGUGGAGCAGGCGUUCGGCCGCCUCAAGGGGAGGUGGCGGAGCAUAGGCGUGCGCCUGGAGCUGGCCGAAGAAAACAUCCCUUCGGUCAUCAGUGCUUGCGUCAUCCUGCACAACAUCUGCGAAACCAAGGGGCACGCCAUGCUCGUGGAGGCGGCGGAGCACAAUUCUGUUGAGCUGGCUACUCUGGGCGAGCCCUACGUCAAUGACGCCAAUCGCCACACCCGGGAAGGGCACAAGGUGCGGGAUGCUGUCAGAGAGUUCCUGUGGGCUAACCGCCGCUGACAGCCUGCCUCAUAAAAUUGGACUGUGCUUCUUCCCCUGUGCAGUCCUUCCAGUCCUUUACCCCAGAGUAACAGCCGUAUGCCCACUUGUGUGCAAUCAACUCUAGGCUAUGUACGCCCACAUGUAUGCAAUAAUAUAUAUGCUAUGUACGCCCACAUGUAUGCAAUAAUAUAUAUGCUAUGUACGCCCACAUGCAUGUUAUUUACUGUUUACUCUGUACAGCACCAUCUACAGUGAUGGUGCUAUAUAAAUUAGUAAUAAUAAUAAACUCCAGUCAAACUGCGCAA